AUGGAUAAAGAUGAACACGACGUUUCAAAUCUGAAAGCUGUUACACAAGCAAAUACACCUGUACAAGGAAUCUCGAAAGACGUGCCGAAAGUAGAUACUCCGCUGAAAAAUCCAGAAAUACUCAGCCAGAAGAAAUCAAAAAAUGAAAAAGGAGAUUUUGAGGAUGGAGAAAAAGAUACAGAGGAAGAUGAAGAUAGAGAUGAAUCAGGAGAGACGUAUAGUGAAACAAAAAGCUACGUCGAGAGCGAAGAUGAAUCAGAGAGCUCUGUUAGCGAUUCCUCUUUGGAGGAAGAUAGUGAAGAAAAAAAAACUGAUAGGAGAAAGAAGAAUAAGCUCAAGAAGCAGUUUAAGUCAGAAAAGCCGAAGACACAGCAUGGACAGGGGCGUGCUCCUUCUAAAGCACAACUGGCAGCUCGGAAUGGAAUAAGUAAAAAACUUCCCGUAUUUUCCGGAAAACCGGAAGAAUGGUCGCUUUUUAUUGGGUGUUACAAAGCUUCGAAUGAGGCUUGUGGUUUCACGGAUGUGGAAAAUCUUGUUAGGCUUCAAGAUAGCUUAAAGGGGUCAGCUUUGGAAAGCGUUCGGGGACAGUUGCUGUUCCCAAAAUCAGUGCCAAAAGUCGUCAACAAACUUCGCCAGCUGUAUGGGCGCCCGGAACAGCUACUGCAAUGCAACCUUGACAAGGUACGGCGUUUAGAAGCCCCGAGGGCAGACAAAUUGGGAACGUAUGUUCCGUUUGGUAAUGCUGUAGAGCAGCUGUGCGACCAUCUAGAGGCAGCGAAUAUGAAGCAACAUCUGAUCAAUCCUAUUCUUAUCCAGGUCGAUAAACUCCCGGCUUACGACAAACGUGAAUGGGUCCGUUUUAAAAACCAAAAGAAGAAAGUGAAUCUUCGUACUUUCACCGACUUUGUAUCGAAAAUCGUCGCAGAAGCUUGCGAAGCCAACGUGAAGAUGGAGUUCAGAUCGGAAACGAAACCGAUGACUCAUGAGUAUACGGGAAAAAGCAAACAGAAGGAAAAGGGAGCAAACGUUUAUAAUCACAGCGCAGAGGAAAAGUCAAACGCAGGACCCAGUGGGAAUCAUCCCAAACCAUGCAGAGCGUGCAAAAGGACUGAUCACCGUCUCAGAUUUUGCCAAGAUUUCAAAGCGAUGUCUCAGUCGGACCGUCUGAAGCUGGUCGAAAAGGGAAAACUCUGUUUUAUUUGCUUGAACGAUCAGGGUAACGCUCCGUGCAAGUUCAAAAUUCGUUGCAACAUUGACAAUUGCAGAGAGCGACACAAUCCUCUUCUUCAUACCAUCACCGAGUCCGUGGCAAUCAACGCACACUUUCGGAGUACCACAACCAUUCUCUUCCGUAUGCUCCCUGUGACGUUAUAUUGCGGUGAAAGGUCAGUUGACACCUUGGCGUUCCUGGAUGAAGGUGCGUCUGUAACCCUCAUCGAAAAUGUUUUAGUCGAGCAAUUCGGUGCUCAAGGUACGAAGAAAAAACUGACUAUCAAAUGGACGGCCGACAUCAUGCGCGUUGAGAAAGAAUCACGGCGUAUGAGCUUGCUGAUAUCCAGACGAGGAAGUACGGAGAAACAUCAACUCAGCGCAGUCAGAACAGUCGUAGAGCUGUUGCUUCCAAAGCAAUCGUUCGAUGCUUCCGAGGUAAUCAGCCCUAUGAAAAAUCUUCGGGGACUUCCAAUAGCAUCGUACAAAUAUCAAAGUCCAGGUUUGUUAAUCGGCCUGAAUAACCUGCAUCUUUUAGCGCCGAUUGAAACAAGGAUUGGUGAGCUCGAGGAACCCAUAGCGGUAUGUUCCAAGUUGGGCUGGGCGGUUUACGGUUCAAAUCAGUUGCAACCAUCGAAUUCAGGGGCGUAUCUAGGGUAUCACGACGCAGUCAGCAAUCAAGACCUUCACGAUUUGCUAAAAAGUCAUUAUUCUCUAGAGAAUUCCGUGGCCGUGAAGCUACCAGAAUCGGACGAGAAUCGUAGAGCCCGCGAAAUUAUGGAAAGGACCAGUAGAAGGGUUGGGGUUCGGUUUGAAACGGGGUUGAUAUGGGAUGACGAAGAUGCUGAGCUUCCAGACAGUUAUCCGAUGGCUCUCAAGAGGAUGAAAUGUUUAGAGCAACGUCUUCUGCAGGAUCCCGCUCUGUUCGAGAACGUAUGCAAUCAGAUUGAGCAGUACCAGCAAAAGGGCUACGCGCACCUUGCGACCGCUGAAAAACUGGCUGAAACCAAACCAGGCAAAGCAUGGUAUCUUCCACUCAACGUCGUUGUCAAUCCCAAAAAGCCCGGAAAAGUUCGUAUUGUGUGUGAUGCAGCAGCUAGCGUAAGAGGUAUAUCUCUAAACUCUCUACUCCUCACGGGUCCUGAUCUUCUUGUGUCCAUUCUUGCGGUGUUCUGUCAGUUCCGGGAACGACCAAUCGCUAUUAGAGGUGAUAUCCGCGAAAUGUACCAUCAGAUGCUGAUUCGUUUGGCGGACAGAAGGGUGUAA